UAUUUCGCGCACCGACCGGCCUCCGCGUACCCGACUGAACGCACGCUCACAACUGAAGGUGUUACCAGGUGUUAAAAUCUAUUAAGUGAUAACUGGAACGAUGUUGGAUACGACCCAAUCUUAUUUAGUGUUUUAUUGAACUGCAAUUGAAGUUUACUUAGCAUUGCUGAAGUGCAAACAAGAUGCGGGUGAGCGUGUGGUGGAGCGCGGCUGCGCUGACACUGCUUGCUGUCACCAACGCCCUUCGAACCACGCAGGCGGAAGGCGUGUCAAGAAUUGGUAGAAGAUUACGAGGACCAACAGCAUCCGAUGUUCAAAGUAUAACGGCAGCGGAUCAAGUUGAAAUAGUGCAAUCUACGAUUAGACCCAGGGGUAAUAGGAAUCGAGACGAAAUACCACCACGAGAGGUACGAACGAGGUCUCAAUCAAGACGACCUACUUCAAGACCAGAACCAGUUCCAAAUAUUGAAACAAUACAAACGCAAAGUGAACGCAACGAACGAUAUGAGUCAAGAAGGACUAUUGGUCGAACCCGUAAUAGGCCUAUUGAGAAAGAUGAUAGUACAAUAUCAUCAACAACAAAAAGGAGUAAUAUUAUAAGGAGUAGGACACGAUUAAGUUCAAACCGAAUAUUGAGUACUUCAACUUUAACACCCUUAGAAAGCUCAUCCCUAUCUGUAGAUACAACUCCUUUAACUGAGACAGUUGAUUCUAACUCCGGUGAUAUAACAAGAACAGCAUCUAGGGAAAAUACAGCAAAUCAAUUUAGAAGAAGGAGUUCUCUUGCAGAAACUAUUGAAACGGUUCCGCCAAAAAGACUAACGGGACGUAUUAUUACUAGACCUAGUGCAAGAUCAUUAGACCUUGAGGUUUCAGGUACAACAAAUUCGCUAUCUAAUUUAAACAAAGCACCAACGACAGCCAGAACAUCUGCAGAUUUAAGAAAUUCCCGAAAAUUAAGAUAUAAAACACGAUUGUCAGAAACUGACACAAAUUUAACAGGUGAAGGAAUGAAAUCAAAUGAAGUCAUUAAGUCUAGUCAGCAAGAUAUUAGUAUUACUAGUCAACAAGAAAAUCAAACAACAGUAUCAAUUACAAGCACAGAAGGAAUUAUUAUGCAAUCAACUACUGAAACAUUACCAGUAAAAAGUACUACGUUGAAAAUAGUAAAACGUCCUUUAACCAGAGGAAAAGUAAAUUUUAGACCAGUUGCAUCAAUUACAAAAAAAGAAGCAACUGAUGAAAUUAAUGAAGAUGACAAUUAUCCUGAAAGUUUCAAAGCUUUAAUCCAGGCCAAAAAUACAUCGACGCAAGCGAGCUCUCCUAAUGGUGAGAGCUUGACAUUGAAAGCAUCACAAAAAGUUUACAAAUCAUACACAACAUCACCACAAACAACAAAUACGGGACCUGGCAUUAAUAAGUACUCAAGGCUGCGCAAUAAAUUGAACGUACAGGAAGGAUCCAAGAAAGAAGUCAAGGAAGAGGAAAACCUAUACAUAGUAACACCAGUAGCUACGAAGCAAAAGAAUAAUGAAUACAAACCUCGGGGUACUUUUAAUCCUAGAGCGAGAAAAUUGACAUCUUUUAGUCCUCCAGUCAGCACCACAUUAGCAACAGCUUCGUUUAGUCAAAGUACGAUAAAACCGGCAUACAAAUAUAGUAGGAUGUUAAAACUUACAACAACAAAAUCACCGGAAAUCGAAAAUAAUGUGACAAGGACAUUAAAUAAUACAUCUUCAAAGAGUAAUGUCAUUAGGCGACCAUAUUUUUCUCGUAAGAGUUCAAACGCAAAAAAUAGAAUCAGUAAUGCAAAUAAUGUAACGAAAACACAAACGCUUGAAAAUAAACCAGAUGAUACGGUUUCAUUAAAAAAUGCAAAUGUAUUACCUAGAACAUCUUAUUAUUCUCGUUUAAGAAGUAAUAAAAAAUCAACAACAUCAACAACCGCAGCGCCUAAAGAAAUUACAAAUGAUAUUGGAUCCAUUGAAAAAAAAAGUGAAGAUAUUUCAGAUAUGCCUUUAAUUUUUACAUUGCUCAAAAGCCCUACUGUUGCUGAAGUAACUACUGAUAGAAAUAAAAUAAAUGAUAAAGACAUGUUUUUAAUAGCAGUUAGUAGUAAAGAAUAUCAAGAAGAAAAAAUUGGCAAUGACAUAUUAAACACAGCAGAAGAAACUGAAAAUAAGCCAAUCGUUAAUAAUUUAUCGACAGUAAAGUACCAUUCUAUUUAUAAAGAAGAUGAUUCUAUAAAAAAAUAUGAAAAUACAGAAUCUACUACCCAAAGUGUCUCAACAACUACUGUUGUAAAAAACAUUGUAACACGAAAACAUACCCGUAAAAAUGCAAAUUUACAUAAAAAAGAAGUUGAGAGUAGAACAGUGACGCCUAGGAGUUUAGAAAGAAAUUCAAGAAAAUAUAGUGAUAAAUAUUCCAAAACAACGGAGGCUUCUACCAAUGGCAUAAUCCCAGAGCCAGAUAAACCUAAAAGUAAAUUUAGCUCAAAAUAUCGAGCUUCGUAUUUAGAUAAGCCAUUUUAUAAACCCACUGUACCCACCAUCACAUCAUCAACUGUAGAGGGUGAAGAAAUUGAGUUAGGCUCAGACAUGAACUCUAUUACUUUCACCAAACCACGAAGUAAAUUAUACUCAGCAGACCUGAGGCUCUCCGAGAGCCUCGUUAAACCAUCACAUGUUAUGAACAUAGAGGCUUCACAUCACUCGCCUUCAGUUACAGUAUCUAUUUUUGAUGCAUUAGCUGAAAUUCUAACUUCUACACCGAAAACUCGAUUGUCCUCAACCACAGAAGUAUUAAAAAAGACAAACAUAAAUAACGAUGUAUUACAAACACUCAACGGCGUGAGUAAUAAUAAUAAUGUAAAUAAUGUUCGAGCCUUAGACAGUCAAGACACAUUAACUUCAACUAGUAUUAAUAUGAACACGGAUGCUAAACUUGUACAGAAUACUGAUCCUACACCAAAUGUGAAUAAUGGUUUUUCGGUUGGGGAAAAUACUACACCGUCACUAAAUACAGAAGAAAGAAAUGUAACUCCUGUGAAUAUGGCACAACCUAAUACUGUCUCUAUUCCUACACCCAUCCUUACGACUCCUAUUUCCGCUAGGCGACCAUUUGCUAUUAAAGUAUUAUAUUCAGCAACAGAAUUAUCAACAGACAAAUCCACGACUGCAUUUGAAUCAACAUCUAUUCAGGGAUCGACAGACACACCAUCAACGGUAUAUAAUACUGUAUCUGAUCUUCUAAUACCUAGUAAUAAUUUUGUAUCCUCGGAACUAACUAGCAUGCUAUCUAAUAAUAUAUUAGAUAUUAUUCAGAAUAUGGAUGAGAAUAGUAGAGUUAAAGUAUCUUUAGAUAUGGCAAAAUUAUUGAAAACGCUGAUUCCUAGAGCUUUGGACAAUCUUGCAACUACAAUAGAAGAUGUAGAUAACUUACCAAAUACCACUCCCUACAGUUUGGAGGAGAUUAGAGAUACAGAAAACAUUGAAUUAAAAACGGAUCCAAAUGUCCUCCAAAAUGUAGCUGAUGUAAAUAAUGUAAUUACAAGCACUGUAACUACACAAAUUAAUGUACUAGUUAAUGACACUCAAUCUGUAAAUAGCACUUAUAAUAUUUCGACAACCGCUUUGCCUAUGUCAAGAAGUCAGUCAACUAAUACACUUAUAGAUGAAUCGUUUAAUUCAUCAUCUAAUAACAUACCAAAUACUACACCAAUCAAUAUGAUUGUAACUAGUUCUGACGUUCUAGACACAGACACAGUGAUCGUAAAUAGUAAUAUUGAUUUUGCUAACAGACCUAUUCCUACUCCAUUUUUCACAAAUUUUCGUGUUCUAGAUGAAACUUCUAGUAUGCCUACAGAAAGUAAAUUGGCUAUGCCGACCCCACUUUCUCAAUUUACUAAUACACAAGACCCAAGUCAAGUGUCGCCAUUACAAUUAUGGGUAUUGUCCAAAAAAGCUCGAGUUUUAAAAAUGAUCGAAGAUCUUAUACAACAACAUAACAAAGAAUUAGCUACAGCUCUGCCUAUCAGAGAUUCUGAUGUGGUUGAGUCUGAUAAUAUCCCCCUUUCUAACCGGUUGACUAAUAUUAUGAACAUAUUUACUUCAACGACUUCAACAACUGAAUUUAUUAGCACUACUGACAGUAAUGACUUAAAUACCCCUGAAAUUAUUCCUUCUACUACUACUCUAAAUCCUAAUAGAACAUCAUCGCGUGUGGAUACGUUGAUCAAUAGAAAUAGUCAAGAUAACCAGGUUACAUUUGAAGACAAUGCUUUAACAACAAUAUCGGAAGAUGUUCCAAAGAUUACAUCAAGUACUACAGUUUCACAAACUUCAGAUCUAAUAUCUGAAAGUACAACUUCUAUGACAACUGCAGAGUUACUUACAACAUUACAAGUAAGCACACAAGAUAAUACUGAAACUACAACAGACACAGGAUUUACCGAAACAACAACUCAAAUUAACAUGGACAGUAUAUUAAACAUAGAUACAAAAACAAGAAAUCAAGUAGAUAACGAUACUAAAUCAAUAACAGGUAUAGACGAAGCAAGACAAAGUUUAAUUUCAGCAGUCUUCAAUGAAUCUGUUGUUGGAACAACAAUUCCGAAAAAAGAUUAUGUAAUAUUUGGAAUAUUGCCAAACGAUACAGUGGUACGUAAAGAUCCUAACGAUGACAUAUUGGAAUCAUUAACAGAAGCAAGCCCUUACAUCAUUUAUGGCGUACUACCCAAUAACACAGUAAUACGUAAAUUUCCAAAUGGAACUAGAGUACCACGAGUUAUGCAAAAAAUUGAGGUACUACCAAUCAGCCCAUGGAAUCUAAGAAACCCAUAUAGCCCCAUCCAUAACAAUCCGGCUAUUGUAAGGCCGAAGUCUAACCCCAUCCGAGUAUCCACUAAUACUGCGAUAUCCACAAAUACCACAAAUAACGAAACGGAUAAUCGUUUAACCACCGACACUGUAAAUAACCAACAACUGAUGAUCUCUUCAUCGGCACUUAAUAUAAAAGAUAGUAGUUCAUUGGGCAUAACUACUACCACAAAUACGCCGCCUGCUGAAUUAAGCACUGCCUCGCAUGUAUUGAGUUUACGCACAACUACAAUGCUCCCUUCCAUUGAUGAAAUUUUGCUUAAUAGUAUAUCUUCAGCUGUUAAAGAGGAAACGGUCAUAUCAUCAAUGAUGAGCUCUACUCAUCAACCGAGAAUAUUAACACUGGAUAUUGAUCCGGAGACUAAACAAAUACGGACAGAAAAACCUGGUAAUGAAAAUGGAAAUGCAAUAUUCAAAUUCAUUCCGAUAGAUGAAGUAACAGUAGCUCCACAAAAUUCAAACGUACUGAAGUUAGCUACAAAAGCAUCACCAACUACUAAUACUAUAAAUAAUGAAAUUCAAAACACAACAGUAAGCGAGACGAAUAUACAAUUGCCACAAAUAGAAACGCGUAUUAAAACUGAUACAGUGACUACAUCAAUACAAGACUCUUCUUCGGCUACGAAUACUGAAAAAGCAUCAACAUCUAGUAUUACUACUGUUACUACAACAACUGAAACUAUGCCACCGACUACAAUAUUAGGCACGACGACAACGGAAAUACCUACUGUAACAACUACAGUAAUGCCUAUAACCACUGUACUGAUUUCCACAACAACUACUGGUGCUCCAAUAAUAACAACAGAACUUCCAGUACAAACAACAACAACUUCUUUUUCAACAACAAUAACAAAUAGGGCAGAAACUACAGAAUCAAUAUCUUCAACUACUUUAUCUCCAACAACAAUAUCCCUCGCACCUGUAACUAUUGAAGAGGAAAAAAGAUAUCAAAAAGAUGCUGAAAUACUCCAACAGUUACUACAAGUUAAUCGUAACUCUAAAAACAUUAACGUAAAGGCAAAUACUAGUCCAAUAUUGCCAUCUACUCAAGCAACUCAGAUAACACCUAACACGGUUGUACCUCUUGUAUCUAAUAAAAACGAAGACGCUAAACUUUUACAAGAAUUAUUUUCUACUGCUAAUAUAAAUCCGAAUCCAUUAAUUACAAACAAUGGUGGCAAUUCAAACAUUCCUAUUGGGAAGACUACUACAUCUCGUUCAAUAGAAGAUGAUUUAAGGCAACUUGAAGAAGAUACGAAAUUAUUGAAAGCUUUAUUACAAGCUACAGGACAAAACCCAAAUAACUUUAAUUUACCAACAUUUGAUGUUAAACCAACAAUUAAAACAACUCCUAGUACAGCAUCAAGUAUUACAACAACAACUACAACUCCUACUACUACUACAACUCCUACAUCGACAAUAAAAACUACAACGCAACCAACAACUACCUUUAGAUCCACAACAUCAAUUGAUGAAGAUCUAAAAAAAUUACAAGAAGAUACAAAAUUAUUACAAACAUUAUUACAAACAGUUGAACAAAAUACAGGGAAUGCUAGUCCACCUGUCAUAUCAGGAAUAACAUCAAAUGUGAGAAUAGCGUCUAACCCGCUAACUACUUCAUUAGAAUCCAAUCCCACAACACCGUUAAAUGUCCGACCUGUUUAUAGUUCAGAAACUACAACAUCAACAUUUCCUGUAUUUAGUUUUGUGCCUAGAACUGUUUCAACUACAUUACAGCCAGGUACCAGUACAGUGUCAGAAAAUAUUAAGAUUUCUACUACCAUCUCUCCAAGAACCACAACUGUGACAAGUUCUCAACCAGUAACGUUAACGGCACGUCGGGCACCUGUAACACGAUUCUCAGUUACUACAGAUCUCCCCAGUACUUCUACAUUUUCUGUUGAAGAAGAUUUGGCUUUCCUAAAGAAUUUGAAAUCAGUUCUAAAGACGAAUCCAAAUAAUGACGAUCCCGAAGUAUCCUUGGCUAAUCGCAUUAUAGCUUUAGCUGUCGAGAAAAGUUUAAAUGAGAUAGAAACAGGAACCUCACCAGAUACUACUCGAAAAGGAAAAACUGUUGGCAAUAACGUACAAAACAUUAUUACAACGACACCACCCACUACAACAACAACAACAUCUACCACAACUACAACACAGCGACCAACAACCACACUUGGAACAAAUAUUCCAUCUAUUGAGGAUGAUAUUAAACAAUUCCAAGAAGAUACAAAACUCCUUCAAGCUCUUAUUAAGGCAACAGGCCAAGACCCAUCCAAAUUUAAUAUUCCAACACUACCUAGUUUAACAACAAGAGUAAAAGUAAGUCCAAAACCUACUGCAAAUGCCAAUAUAAGGGCACUUUCAAAACCAACAUCGUCUCUGGCCUUAAAUGAAACACCCAAUACUUUAAAAAAAGUUAAUGUACAAAUGACACAAACUAAUACUGACUUGACUAAACCUUUCGGAGCAAAAAUAGCUGUUAAAGAUGACUUAAAAACUGUACAAGAUCAGGAAAACUUAUUAAAAACUCUGGUGAAAUUGCAGGAUGUACAGGAGACGACUACACAGAAGAAUAAAUUGACUAUUACAGGACAGACAUCUGAUGAAGCUUUAAAGAAACUGCUUCAACAACAGAGCAAGCCAACAGGCAUGGUGUCCGAAGCGACACAGGCGCCUAUGUCCUUAAGUACCGAAUUUGGAAAGAGCAAUGACGCUUUGCUAGCAGCGCUACUUAAGGAGCAAGGAUUUGGGCCUACUACGGCAAGUUCCACAGAUGAACAACUUAGACUUUCCGCUUUGCUCAACCAAGUGGUAGUGACACCAAAAGCAAGACGAACAACGACACUUCCACCGCCUCCACAACAAAGAAGACCAAUUCUAGAUGGCUUAGCAUGGCUGUGGCAGCAAUGGAGAGAGACUGCUCCAGGACCCACUUCUGGAAGGGUCAAUCAGCGACCAAGUCCGUCAGCUUAUCCAACAAUCUCAUCAUCAGCGGCCACUAGCAACAGGGUCAACUGGUUUGGCUCUGGACCUUUUGUAGGCAAUGCUGAUGAGAAGCCAUCUUCAAACAGAGUGGGUUUUGCAUCUCUUUUACUAAAAUUGUGUGACUGGGGUUGAGGUGAUGGUAACAGAUCUUAGAUUAAAUAAAA